AUGACAGGCCGUCGGAAGAACCUUCGCGACUGGCUUGUGCCGGUCCAGGCGCAACCUUCCAACAAGCGCCACAAGCCCGAGAUCAUCACUAUCGACGACGACAGCGAAGACGGUAGCCGACCGCGUCGACAGGCAGACGCAGCAUCUUCGAGCACCCAGGCAAGCACGUCCGCGCGGGAUAACGGCCAAGGUGACAAGUGCGAGACGCAGCCGAGUGGCGAGGCCUCAGGAAGCGGAGCCGUGUCGACCCGUAUCGAGUGCCAGGGCAAGGAGCAGCAGCUCCUGGUGGUCGACUCUGAUGAUCAUAGCCGCGACGUUGACGGCAAGGCGAACGACAUGGCACCGGACCAGACCGCCAACAAUGGCGAGCCCAACACCACAAGAGAAGCUACCUCAUCCGAUGCGCAGAGACGUCGACGUUCGCAACAGAUGCGGAACGACGAAUACGCUUACCUCGCCAGGCUCGCCUACAUCGACAAGCGCCCGGCUACCACCUUUCCGAUCGUUGUCAGGCAAAACGGCCUACUCUUCAGCACCUUGGACAUGACAACCAACUUCUUGAAACGAAAGUCGGCGACGCUGCCGAAGGGAUGGAGUUACGCGAUCGCGACUGACUACCUCCGUAUUCAAGCUCUUCGGGAGCUCGUCAGGAUCAAGCUGAUCGGGCUGGAUCGCGAUGCAUUCGAGCAGCAUUGCUCGAGUCAGCUGUAUCAGUGCAACAGGGACCACCUUCGGGCGAUCGGCGCAUGGCGCCAGAAGGCCACCAGCGCCGUUCCGAACACGCCAGAGGGGCGGGCGGCGGACAUCUUUGCCGCCGUCGCCGCAGCCGACAGCGCGGCACUUGUCAAGCGCUUGCGCUUGGAGGGCGGGCCCUCAGACGGGGCCUUUGUCGCUGCUCUCAAGGGCUCGACUGUCUGGCCGCCCCAGCUUUCUCGAGGCCUGGUGGUGGCUGCCGCCAGCACGUCCCUGAUCGCCGCAGAAGGCUCGAAGGAGAGAAGCAGAUGCCGGCCUAUGGAGACUCAGAUGUACGUGCGCCUGGUCAAGGACGCAGUCGGUGGCGAAGCCGAUCCUCGGAACUGGCAACCGGUGCGAGCGCCAGACGGGCUGCUCUUUUGUUGCCCAGACGGUGGCUGGCACGACUUUGCGAAGAGGAAGGGGACGUACCCGGAGCCAUGGAGCUUCGAAAACUCGAAGAUCUACUGGCAGCUGCAGGCUCUGCGCCAGAUCCUCAUCUUCGCGACGCACCCGCCAACGGACGCGGCAGUCAGCGCGUUUGCUCGCAUCACGAGCGAACCGACGUUCCGCGUCUUUCGCGACGAGCUGAUCGCCGUCGGGGCCCUGAAAAGAGGAAAGGGCGGAAGCAAGGGGGAGGUCCCUCCCAGCCCAAAAGAGCGAGGAGAAGCCAUCAUCGGACUGGCACGGCUCGCCAAACCGCAGGUCGUCGAGGCGCGGCUCCUCAAGCUCGGAGGGCCAAAAGAGUCAGCCUUCAUAUCGCAGGUCAAAGGCGACAAGCAUCCGUAUAUCGCUUGCCUCCCGGAGCCGCCUUCCCCACAAGGUCAGAGCACCAUCCCGGGAAGCUGGGAGCUGGGCACGCCCAGCGGGGAUCGCGCCCGUGCCCAAAUCGGGCAGCUGCGACCCGCCAUCGUGUCAUCAUCGGAUGCGAAGGAGCUUCUCCUAUACUCCUGGACCCGUUUCCAGAUGAUCCAUUACAUUCGCGCAGCGUUCGCCGCCUCGAACGAGAAGAUCCGUUCCCCGAUGGACCAUAUUCUCGUGUCGGAAUGCGCCACGAUCCUCGUCGAAGUCAUCAAGAUGCAGAAGGAGCCGUGGCUCCUCAGGCUGGACGACGUCCGUCCAACCGGAGCGCUCAAGGGGUACGACCGACAAGUCGAGGUGAUAGUCAAGAACCUCAGAGACCCUCGCCUCAAAGGUCUAUGCAAGUGCGGCCGCGCUCUCCAGGAAGGCAUCUGUCCCGAUCAGGAACUGCACCGUGCCACGUGGAGAGCUCAGACUCAGGCAAGGCGGGGAAAGAGCGUCAAUCUCGUUCGCAAUCGCAUCGUCACUACGACGAGACGCAUUCUGGCCAAGCCCUCGUUGGGACCGAGGCAAAUCAUGGGAGGCGACGAGGAUCGCGACGAGGCCGAUGAUGACCUCGACGAAGACGACAGCGACCUCGGCGACGACAACAGCGACGACGAAGACGACAGCGACCUCGGCGACGACAACAGCGACGAUGAGGGCGACGAAAGCGACCUCAGGGACAACAACCUUGCGCUACGGGAGGCCAAGAAGCGGGAGCUCUGGGCUGCCCUGGGCACCUGGGUUUACAAGGCCAUCGUCGAGGGCAAGGGCCUCUGCAAAUACUGCGGGGCAGUCCUGUGCCUGUACGGGCCCACGCCCCUGGCGAGCACCUCGUGGUGUUAUGUGUCCAUCGAUCGGGUGGUCCCCGGCGUCGACGGAGGCCGAUACGAGGCACACAACAUCGCGGUCGUUUGCAGAGCAUGCCAGAUGACCAAGUUCAGUCAUCCAGUAGGCACUUUCCAAGGAGUGCUGCUCCCAGCAUUGUCGGCUUUGCCGACUCUCCGCCUCGACAGCAGCAACAUCGUCGUCCAGCCGGCAGUGGACGUGGCACCGAUGACGGCAGCGGAAAGGCUCCAGGCCAAGGAGUGGCUGAAGGUUAGGAGGAAGCAAAACAAGGCAUGGCAGGCGAUCCACCCGACCCGAAAGCGUAAGCCGUGGCUUCUGACCGAGGACGAGGGUCUGGCCCUAAUCGCAUCUCGCUGGAUCGGGCACGGCAAGAUCGUCGACUGUUACGGCCUGGAACAACCGCUCGAGUGGUCGAGCAUCGACCGGAUCGACUCGGACAAACCGUACCAAAACGACAACGUGCGGAUGAUGCUCGCUGGACUGAACCUCCUCAAACGCGAGCAUGACGACACCCAGGGCAUGGCCUACCUGGCCCACCUGCGUGGCGCCUUCGCGCCUGGCCCACCUGUCCCCUCGCCAUCGCCCUGA